UUAUCGUAUAAAAAGAUAUAAAAUAAAUUGAUAAAUUUAUUCAAUCGACUGUCUGGCAAUCCGUUUAUUAAUAACACAACGUUUCGACCAUUAAUUUUGGUCCUCUUCAGGUGUACAUAAGAUGUUAAAUUACGGCAUAACAGUUUAUAAAAUUUCGGACCAGCAAAGAUAAAACAUGUUAUGUCAAAAUUCUUAAAGUGAUAUUUAGAUAUAAAAUAUAAAAUACUUUUUACGUACAAUCUCCAAAGACUGAAGAAGUACAAGACUUUAAGAAAUUGAACAGUUAUAACCACAAGAAUGUUAAUUAUUAUAUUAUUAUUACUUAUUCCUGUGGUAUAUUUGGCGUGUCAUUAUUACGUGCACAAUGGACGAUUAUUCCAUAAAAUACCAGGACCGUCAAGUUAUCCAAUUAUUGGUCAUUUAUUAUUAGCGCUAUGUUCACGAGAGAAGCUCUGGGAAUUUUUAAUUACUUUUUCUGUUCAAUAUUAUCCUAUUUUUAAAGUGUGGAUCUUUCUUUAUGGUAUUGUAUCUAUUCGACAUCCUGAUGACUUGGAGACAAUACUAAGCAGUACAAGAGACAUCGAUAAGAGUCGAAUAUAUGAGAUGUUACAUCCUUGGUUAGGAAUGGGUCUUCUUACUAGUGGAGGCUCCAAGUGGCAUUCACGGCGAAAGAUAUUAACUCCCACAUUCCAUUUUAAUAUAUUAAAGCAAUUUGUCGAAAUUUUAGUCAAAGAGGGCGAAAGUAUGACAAGAUCAUUAAAAAAUUCGGGAGGCAUUGUUACAAAAGAUUUAGUACCGUUUAUUAGUGAACAUACAUUGAACGCAAUAUGUGAAACUGCCAUGGGCACUUCUCUACAAGGAAUGGGUGCAUUUCAGCAACAGUAUCGAAAAGCGGUUCACAGAAUGGGGGAAAUUUGUGUUUAUAGAUUUUUUAGGCCAUGGUUGUACGCCGACUGGAUAUUCUCAUUAUCACCAACGGGUAGAGAACAAAAACAGAUCCUGAAGGUAUUACACGGAUUUACUGAAAAGAUUAUUGCAGAAAGAAAAGAUUAUCAUAGAAGCACCAAUGGGCAAUAUUUGAGAAAUUUUGACGAAGAAACAAUGGUAGAUGAUGAAAAGACUACUAAUACAAUUCGAAAAAAACGACUCGCAAUGUUGGAUCUUUUAAUACUGGCAUCUCAAAAAAAUCUUUUAACUGAUUUGGAUAUUAGAGAGGAAGUCGAUACUUUUACAUUUGAGGGUCAUGAUACUGUAUCAAUGGGUCUUUGUUUUACGUUAUGUCUGUUGGCCGAACACAAAGAUAUACAGAAUUGUGUUCGAAAAGAAGUUGAUACUAUUAUGAAGGAGAAUCAAGGAAAUCUUACCAUGCAGUCCCUGCAAGAUCUGCAAUAUUUGGAGAGAUGUAUAAAAGAAGCAUUGCGUAUGUACCCAAGUGUGUUUUUCGUAUCCCGAGUUAAUUCAGAAGAUGUACAAUUAAACUCUUAUAUAAUACCCGCCAGAACAAUAAUACAUCUGAAUAUAUUAGAAGUUCACAGAGAUCCUAAUUUUUGGCCAAAUCCAGAAAUAUUUGAUCCAGAUCGAUUCUUACCUGAAAAUAUAAGAAAUCGUCAUCCUUAUUCAUAUAUACCAUUCAGUGCUGGACCGCGUAAUUGUAUCGGUCAACGAUUUGCUCUAUUAGAGAUGAAGGCAAUGAUAGCCUCUCUGAUUCACAACUUCUACGUAGAGCCAGUGGAUUAUUUAAAAGAUCUUCGAACGGGAAUUGAUUUUGUGUAUCGCCCUUUAACUCCGCAUCGUUUAAAGUUUAUCCCAGUCGCUAAAGAAUGCAUAUAGAUAUUUAGAAACAAUUCAAAUUUCAAAAAAAGACAAAAAUUAUUAAUGACCCAACAUUGUUCACUAUGUUUAGCCGUAUAUAAGUACUCGAUUAUUGGAUCGAAGUUAAUCACUCCAGAAUAUUUCCAUUAUUCAUAUACUUGGUUGGUAAAGGUCACAAUUAUCGCGCCAACAUUAGAGACUUGGCGACUAUAAAUGUUGAGUUAGUUUUAGGCCAAUAAUAAAAAUCUACAGAAAAUUUUU